GUGCUGGGGAUCGGUGUGGGGUUGCUGGGGUGCAGGUUGCUGUGGCUCAGUGUGAGGCUGGGUGUGGGGAUGCUGGCUGCGGGAUGCUGGGCUCAGCGUGGAGAUGCUGGGGUACAGGAUAUAGGGAUGCAGGAUGCUGGGGAUCAGUGUGGGUCUCAGUGUGGGGAUGCUGGGGUACAGGAUAUAGGGAUGCAGGAUGCUGGGGAUCAGUGUGGGUCUCAGUGUGGGGAUGCUGGGCUCAGUGUGGAGAUGCUGGGGUACAGGAUAUAGGGAUGUAGGAUGCUGGGGAUUAGUGUGGGUCUCAGUGUGGGGAUGCUGGGCUCAGUGUGGGGAUGCUGGGGCACAGGAUAUAGGGAUGCAGGAUGCUGGGGAUCAGUGUGGAUCUCAGUGUGGGGAUGCUGGGCUCAGUGUGGGGCUCAAUGUGGGAAUGCUGGCUGUGGGAUGCUGGGCUCACCGCCCCUUCCUCAGCUCGAGGAGUCACCAGCAGCAGUGCCAGCGCUGCAGACUGUUUGGAAUAGUUUAAAUGCUUUGACACUCUGGAUGUACUAGAUGGCAGGGGAGGCAGUUUACAGCGUAAUUCAUAUGCAAAACUGCACUAUAAAUUUAAAACCUGUCUCAGUUGCCGUGGCACCACUAAGCAUUUCAUCAGCAUACAGUACAGUAUUUCUGCCAUCUUUGUUUGCAUUGCAGUGACUCAUCAAAAGUCUGUCUUGUACCAACACUGAGAGCAUUCCUCUGGCACUGAUAUUUCUCUGUUUUUAAAGCUUCGGUUUGAAACUGGCAUUUACUUCAGGUCCCUAAUCAAAGGGCUCUAUUCAUCGCAGAGAGCAGCCUGAAUGUUAAUCUGCAUCCGGCCUAUUCAUUUAGAUGCUAUGCACUGCCGUGGAGAUUUGACUUGGUAAGAGCUUGAGCUCCAGCAGAUAGAAGCGAAGGGCUCCGCGCUGCUUUCCUCCCCCGAGCGCUCGGCGUCCCCGCAGUGUGGGGUGAGAGGAGGGCAGGGGACCCCCGGACACGGCUGGAAGAUGUGCCCUACUUUGGAUACCCCUGCAUUGAAUGCCUGAGGAGCUCCGGCGGAUCCUGAGCCAUGUCGCAGAUGUUGCACAUAGAGAUUCCCAACUUUGGGAACACCGUGCUGGGCUGCCUGAACGAGCAGCGCCUGCUGGGGCUGUACUGCGAUGUCUCCAUCGUGGUGAAGGGCCAGGCCUUCAAGGCACACCGUGCCGUGCUGGCUGCCAGCAGCCUCUACUUCCGAGACUUGUUCAGCGGGAACAGCAAAAAUGCCUUUGAGCUGCCGGGGACGGUGCCCCCUGCUUGCUUCCAGCAGAUCCUCUCCUUUUGCUACACUGGCAAGCUCACCAUGGCGGCCAGCGAGCAGCUGGUGGUGAUGUACACGGCGGGCUUCCUGCAGAUCCAGCACAUCGUGGAGAAGGGGACAGACUUGAUGUUCAAGGUGAGCUCGCCCCACUGUGACUCUCAGACCGCCAUGAUCGAAGACCCCUCCUCAGAGCCGCAGAGCCCCUGCAACCAGCUGCAGUCAGCCUCUGCGCCCUACGUCAUGUCCCCCUCCAUGCCCAUCCCGCUCCUCACCCGGGUCAAGCACGAGAGCCUGGAGCUGCCGCCGGCCGCCGUGCCGGGCCUGCCCGCCAAGCGGCCCCUGGAGCCGGGCGCACGUGAUGGCCCUGCAGGAGCGGGCCCUGCUGCCGGCCCGCUGAAGCUGUCGCGUGUCUCCUACUAUGGGGUGCCCAACCUGGCCUCCCUCCUGCCCACCGUGCAGCAGGUGCAGUACUCGCAGGGGGAACGCACCAGCCCCGGCGCCAGCAGCAUCCCCACCACCGACAGCCCCACGUCCUACCACAACGAGGAGGAUGAGGAGGACGACGAGGCGUACGACACCAUGGUGGAGGAGCAGUACGGGCAGAUGUACAUCAAGUCCUCGGGAGGCUAUUCUGUCGCACAAGAAAAGCCGGAGCAGAUCCCGCUGGAGAACCGCUCCUGCGUCCUCAUCCGCCGGGAUCUGGUUGCCCUCCCAGCCAGUCUCAUCAGCCAGAUCGGGUACCGCUGCCACCCGAAGCUCUACUCCGAGGGGGACCCUGGGGAGAAGCUGGAGCUCGUCGCAGGCUCAGGUGUUUACAUCACGCGGGGGCAGCUGAUGAAUUGCCACUUAUGUGCUGGUGUCAAACACAAAGUCCUCCUGAGGCGUCUCCUGGCCACGUUCUUCGAUCGGAACACCCUUGCCAACAGCUGCGGAACCGGAAUCCGCUCCUCCACGAGCGACCCCAGCAGGAAACCUCUGGACAGCAGAGUCCUGAACGCCGUGAAACGUAAGGAGAGGGGUUUGCUGCUGCUGGGGUGGAACUGCAUGCCGAGAGCAAAGCCAGAACCUGAGCAGGGAAGGCCGUCUCUGUUGCGCUAUAGGGGGAAACGUUAUGGCGAAAUUAGGUGGCAGGGAAAUUGAUUUUAUAAUGUCAGUUUUUUGGUCUGAAUUUAAUUUUUUGUUUGGCAGCAUCUUAAUAGGAAGCGUCAUCGCUACUUGACUGUUUCGCUGUGUUUUAAAACGUCAAUUUCGCAGUUAAUUAUGGGGUGCUCUAAGAAGGAAAUCAAAAUGAUGGCUUUUGGCAGCACUCAGUGCUGGAUACUGCUGGACUGGGUCUGGCUGCCCUGGCUUUCAUGCCCUGGGCUGUCUGAGGCCAGGGCCCGGGGGGUUCGGCUGCUGACCCUCAGUAGGGAGCUGCCUUUGGCACCGUGCAGCCCAUCCCACCUGCUCUUGGUGUAUGGUGGAGAGGAAGGGUUCUGUCACCCCGCUGGAGUCCGCGUGGCGUAUUUACUGACUGUAAAUAUCACACUGAGCUCUGCAGAGAGGAAUGGAGCGGCGAAUGUUCAGAAGCACUGCAGGGGCUGCUGCCUGGGUGCAGUGCUCCCACAGCUCUGGCCAGGCUGGCAGCGCCCCAGCUGAGAUUUGCUGUUGUGUAUCAGGGCACCGGAUGAUUUUUCAGGCGUUUCACGGGGAAAUAUCCAGUACACGAGCUAUAGUUGGUCAUUACUCAUUGCAGGUUUUGCUCUGUAACAUCAGAGCUGUUGGUGGAUCCAUUGGUGGGUGCCUCCCCAGCUGGCGGCUGGGCCUGCUGGUUGGGAGCCCACUAUCCCAGGG